UGCGUUUGCGUCUCGAGAGCGUUGUCUGAAUGCAAGCUGAAGUUUUCUCUGGUCCCAGAGCCGCGAUCUAAGGACCCACUACCACCGAAGGGCAGUUCCAGAAGGCCCCUUUCGGCGCUUUCCUCCUGCCCUCUCUAACGCGGGCGAGGCGGCCGAGCCUCCUUGUCCGGAUUCUGUCACCCGCCCAGCUAUGCCCAAGAAAGGGAAAAAGGCCAAGGUGCCCCUAUCCGAUGAGGAGCAGCUGCUUCUGUUUCAGCAGAAGUUGCUGGCAGAGGAGGAGAUGGCCAAGAAGAAAGAGAAGCUCUUGAGUCAGUUCUUGAAGGACAAGCUGGCCAAGGAGGAACACAAUAGUGCUCUGAACCUUAAUAAGAUUAACACACAGUGGAGAACCGUCCUCCGAGAAGUCAAGACUAGAGAGCUUCACAAGGACAUAGAGAUCCUCAGCCAAACAUUUGAACGUGUGGUGGACUGCAAGAACAGCGUAAUCAAGUCUUUAGCUAAAGACCUGUCAGAAGCUGAGGAGCAGUAUGCCCACGCCCUGCGCUGCCACUUGCACAACGUUGAUCAGCUCUUGGCUCUCCAGAGGCACCGGCUCAACCUCCUGGAGGAAAACUACAACAUGGAGCUGGAGACCCUAACCAAGGAGUUUGAGACAGAAAGGAAGACAAUCAUUGACCAACAUGAGAAAGAGAUUCACUAUCUACAAGACGUCUUCAUGGCCAUGGAACAGAACUACAUGGAUGUCGAGUAUGAAAGCAAGCUGGAAUUCCAGAGCAUGUGGGACGAUCUCAAAAACAAGAAUUUAGAAGAGAAGCACUUUCUAAGAAUGCAGCUGGAGAACACAGUGGAAUACCUGUGGAAAAGGUUCCAGGAUGCACUCAAGAAUUACACUGAUGCCACAGAGGAUCGAAAGAUCGCUUUUGAGACCCUGAAGGUGAAGGAUGAGAAGAGCUCCAAAGAAAUUGAGGCACAGAUGAAAAAAAUACAGAAACUACAGGAUUCCAUAAGUGUUUUAAAAGGCAAGAUCUUGGUGCACAGCCAUGAGAGCGAAGACCAGAACCAGUAUAUCCGUAAUGACAAGGAGUUGGUACUUGUUCAGCUGCGGAAACUUAAGGCCCAAAGGACUCUGGCCCAGGCAGUAUCACAGGAGAAUCUGGUCAAACUCACCCUGGAAAGUAAUUCCACCCUCAAGACCCUGAAAAAGAUUGUUGAUAAGGGUGAAAAGAUCCUCAAACUUGCUGAAAUAUGUAGGAAAUUUGAAACAGAGGAAGAAAAAGUGCUACCUUUUUAUUCAUCAAUAUUGACCCUUGAGGAGCAGGAGGAGAUAGAGGAAAAUAACCCAGAAGAGCUUACUGAGGAGCUCGCAAAGGUGAUGGUGGACUAUGUAGGGAUGGAGAAUUUCUGGAAAAGAUACAACAAAGUAAAACUGGAGCAACUGAGCCUCCAACGCAGAGAAGCCCAGCUGGUAGAAAUCAACAGGAACCUGCGGGAGAUGCUCAAGCAAUACUUGGAUGGCAUCUCAGUGAGUGAUGACGUGCUGAGCCAGCUCAAUCCUCUCUUCAUUGUCAACCAUCGAAGCAAUUUACCCCAGCCCUUGACCACCCCUACAGCCCAGCCAGCUGGCAAAAAACCCCCAACCACUCAUAACGUCAUUGAAGCAGCCCAUGUGAUCUCCCACACCCUGUGAUCCAAGGAGAAAAACCUCUUCCCAUCCCCCUAAUAUUUUUGGGAGAACUGAGGACUUUGCUAUUAAAAGUUUCCAUGAAGUUUA